AUGACUUGAAUACUUUCCAUCGUCAUGUUAGGGUUUGCUCUCCCCAUUUUAGAGCUGCAGGCGUGAAGGUAGGAAGCAACAGAAGCAGGAAAGAGUCAAUUCAAGCAGAGGAGAUGAAUUUACCGAAACAGAUUUGAGAGCUCACCCAUCAGGAUUAAUCGUCCCUGAACUGACAAGUUAAUACGGAUAAUUGUGUCAGACAUGCAGACUGGCCAAGCUUCCCAAAGGAAACCAUCCACCAACAAGAACAUUAAGAAGCUCCGCACCAUUAGCAUGGUGUGCAGCCUGACGAGCAGCUGGCAGCAGUGGGUGUCGGAGAACGAGACGAAGCAGGCCAGUGAACCCAGCGGCUGGGCUCCGGAUUCGGUAGGAGGCGUGCCGGACAAACCCAAAAAGACAUGGGUUCCCAAGAAGCUCCCUCCCAUAAAAACCCAGUCAACAGACGUAGCGGCUCACACGUUGUCGUCUCGUGGUGAAUCCAAGACCGAGGAGGUCAAGACCGAGGACGAGCCCCUGAAGCAUUCUUGCAUCAAGACAAAGCAGGUGGUGAAGACGGUGACCAGCGGCGUCCAGGAGAAAAGUGCAGGCAUCGGGCUCCUGGCUGAGAAGAUCAAGAAAGAGUCUCUGCCAUCGGACGAGGAGAUCGACAGACUGCUGAAGAAGAAAAGCUCACCCACGUGCCGCAGGAAGUGCUCCAACAUGGUGGCAUCGCUGACCAAAAGCUGGAAGCAGGUGGAGAAAGAGCAGAAGCCCGGAAAGGAAGGAAAAGAGCCAGGAGAGGUACGCACCGGCGGGGUGGAUAAAGAGGACGACGGACACCCUGAGAAGGAGAUGGAGAGGCUGAACAUAGAGGAUGUUCAGUUGUGCAGGACUAGCGUUUCAGAAGAAGCAGAGGUAAAGGACUCCGAUCAAGACUCUAAGACGACAGUGAGGAUAAAAAGACCCCAGGUCCCAGUGUACAAAAAGGAAGCUGAGGAUGCCAACAAGAUCAACGCCUUGUCCAAGAAAUACAGCGCUGUGGGAAACCUCAAGAGCCGCUGGCAGACCUGGGCCUCGGAUCACACAGUCAACCAGAAACUAAACCCCUUCAGUGAAUACUUUGACUAUGACUACUCCAUGUCCCUCCGUCUCCAAAAGGGCCAGGAGGGUUACGGGCGCCCAAAGGAAGGUACGAAGACAGCCGAGAGGGCCAAACGAGCUGAGCAGCACAUCCACCGCGAGAUAGACGACAUGUGUUACGUGAUUAGGACCAUGGCUGAUCCCGACCCCGACGGAAAGACCCGCGUCACAUUCGGAGAGCUGUUCGACAGAUACGUCAGGAUCUCCGAUAAGGUGGUGGGGAUCCUGAUGAGAGCCAGGAAACACGGGAAGGUGGCGUUCGAAGGGGAGAUGCUGUGGCAAGGCCAGGAUGAUGGAGUAAUCAUUACCCUGCUGGUGUGAUGUUAACCCCUGGGUCAAAGCUGUUCUUGAAAUCCUCUUACAGCUUCUCAGCUGGCUGACUGGAACACUAACCGAGCUUAUUGUCAGACAAAACUAAGAGGGGGAUGGAAAAUACAGUUUGACCUGGGAUGAUUCAGUGGACUCUUAAAGAAUAAUAUCAAAGGAAUACAGAGACAUCGGAGACAUUGGAUUAUUCAAACAUGCAUUAGCUGCUAUUUGUGUUGAGGAUUCUUCCCGUCUCUUACAGAUAUCUGAGUUGCAGUUGUCAUGCACAAUGUUAUGAGAAAUCUACAAAGACUUUUAUACCAACGCUCCAGAGAUGUAAAAGCCCUAGCUGUUAAGUAGGACUACUUGAGUUCCACUCAGAGUAGCUUACACAUUUUGAUAUGGGUCUCUUUUGCACUUUCUUUAUGGCUUAAUGCAACACUUGAGUUUGUGUUAAUGUACCAAACAACCAGCAGCUUUGUUGAAAUGGAUAUAAUGGACAUAGAUUUGUAUAGUAUAAACAACUUAAACAACUAUACUGAGCUAAAUCCAAGUUCACAAUCGCAAACCUAGUAAUAUGCUGUUUCUGUGUUUUAGGAUGAUAUCUUAAGGCCUCUGCAGCGAUACCAGAUAUAGCCAACGGCGUUCUUUCUUUGGGUUGUAUGAAUGUGCGCACUAUUGCAAAAGCAAUAAAAAUCUCAGGAUCAUCUUGAGAGAA